AAUGAAAAUACAAGCCUUUCCGGAUUCUCACGUGUCUGAUGUUAUUAUUCAUAUUAUUAUUUUAAAUCAGUUUUAACACCAUUUAAAACCCGCCAACGGAAAAAAGAAGAAGAAGAAUGUCGUGUUUUAAGGGGGAUAUAAACUUUUGCCCUGAGUGUGGUAAUAUCCUUCCUAUCCCUGGACAUCAUGAUUACAUUACCUGUCCUCGAUGUGCCUUCAGCAUCCCUGUCCGAGAACUUUCAGGGCAAGUCAUCAAGUCGUCAGUGGUGUUUAAUUCAUUAGAGAAGAGUUCAGCUGCCGUAGAGAGUGAAGAAGACUCCGAGCUAAAAGGCCCAGUGGUCGACAGGAGGUGUUCACGCUGCAAUAAAGAAGGAAUGGUUUACCACACGAGACAGAUGAGAUCCGCUGAUGAAGGCCAGACAGUGUUUUUCACCUGCAUACACUGCAGGUACCAAGAAAAGGAGGAUUCAUGAAAGGAAAUGAGAGCCUUUUUGUGUGUGUGUGUGUGUGUGUGUGUGUGUGUGUGUGUGUGUGUGUGUGU